AUGUCUCCAUUCAGCUAUUUGUUGGCUUUAUUUUGUGUUCUCGUCGCCGUUCUCUCGACUCCACAAGGACCAAUUGUUAGGCCACAAUCCUCUCCAUGGCCGUGCUACAGUCCAUUGGUUGUUUUGCGGUACAUUGAUUGUGAUCGAUUUUCCUCUUUUGGUCCACCUCGUGUCACUCGAAAAGGCCCUCCAUUCAGCACAUCCACGAGAAUCAAAGAGGUUCCUGUGGCGCGCAACUCGAAUCCAGGAUGGGGAACAAGAAGGAUCAAACAGAUGAAUGGUAAUUUCCCGUACUUCUCCGCCUUCAAUCAGGGAUUCCGGGCCCCGUUGGCGCGUUUCAGCCCGUUCUCCAAGCGGGCCACCAACGAUUUUGAGGACGAUUUAGUA